UACUGACAGUCAUACCACCAGCAUAAUCAUGGAGGAAACAGCUUCAGCUCUUCACUCAAGUGAACCCUCAGAUGUGGACUGUGAUGUGUGCAUUGGAAGGAAACGCAAAGCCGAACAGGCCUGUUUGGAAUGUGUGGCUUCAUACUGCGAUAUUCAUCUGGACUUGCAUAACACUCUGCAUGUCGGAAAAAGGCACAGACUGGUUGAGGCAAAUGAAAAGUUGCAGGAGAAAAUCUGCCCUGACCACGACAAGCUGCUGGAGGUCUACUGCCGUACAGACCAACAGUGCAUCUGUCAUCUGUGCAUUACCGAUAAACACAGAGGUCAUGAUGUCAUUAAAAUGGAGAAGGAAGUGACUGAUAAACAGAUUCAGUUGGGCGAGUUGCAGAGGAGGACCACUGACAUAACUGAAGCAAAGGAGAAAGACGUGCAAGAGAUUAGACAAGCUGUUGAGGCUUUUAAGACUUCAGCACAAAAUGCACUGGAGACCAAUGAAAGGAACUUCACUGAGCUGAUCCAGUCUAUAAAGGACAAUCAAAGCAAAGUGACAGAGCUGAUUCAAGGUCAGGCAGAAGCUGCAGUAAGGCAAGCGGAUGGAUUCAUAGAGACACUAAAUCAGGGAAUCAGUAAUCUGAGGAACAUCGAUGCUGAACUACAAAAUCUGGAGCUGCUUUCUCAUACAAACAAUGAUGUCCAAUUUCUUGAGAGUGCUAUGCCUAUGCCCUCUCUGAAUGAGUACAAGAAACCUUUCGUCCUUCUUGAGCAUCCAUAUUGUUCAUUCGAGCAUGCAACUAAGGCAGUCUCUGAACUAAAACAAAAGCUAAACAUAAUCACCCAAUGGAGUUUAUUAACAAUCUCUGGAAGAGUGAAAAACACUGGAAUUGUGACAUCACCACCACCACAGACACGAGAGGAGUUUUUACAGUAUGCAUCUAAGCUCACUUUUAAUACCAACACAGCACAUGAAAGCCUCUGCUUGUCAAAAGAGGACAGUCAGGUGACUGCCACACACCUGCAUCAGGACUAUCCUGAUCACUCUAAGAGGUUUGACUGCAGGUCACAGAUUCUGUGCAAUGAGGCACUCAGAGGGUCCCCUCAGUAUUGGGAGGUGGAGUUUGGCGGUGGGUGCUGGGUCUGCAUUGCUGUGUCCUACCAAGGAAUCUGUAGGAAAGGAAAGCGGGGUCCUCUCUUUGGGAGGAACCCCUACUCAUGGGGACUACGCUGUAAAUGGGCCUCAUUUGAGUUCUGGCAUAACAACAAGGAGACAGAAGUUAAGUAUAAGACACAUUGCUCCACUAUAGGAGUGUAUUUGGACCACAGUGCUGGAAUUCUGGCAUUUUACAAUGCUUCGGACAUGAGUCUUAUUUAUAAGGCCCAAAUGCAGUUCACUGAGCCCGUUUAUCCUGGGUUUGGACUGGCAGGGACAGGUUCCUAUGUGAGAAUUUGUAAUCAAGCAGAACAAGUGUCUGAAACAUCUUCUCCUGCAUUUAUCUCUGACAGUUCUGACAGUUCUUUGUAAGAUGUAAAGUUUGCACAUUAUCAAGCCAUGAUAAUAUUUGUAAGAAAAUUGAGAAAAAAAAUCUGUCUCUGAUAAUUUUAUUGUGAUUUCAUAUCAAUUCAUAUCAAUUCAUCCAUUUAUACCUUUUUCAUUUUUUAAGACUUGCAACAGAGACAGGAUGCUGUUUUCACAUGGGCACACUUGGUGGCAGCACUAGAUAAGUUUUAAAUGCAAUCCUUUUAUGUGUCUGUAGUUAAGGACAAUUUGAUCCAUGUCUAAGCUCUGUAUCUGUUCUGAGUAAAAAGAAAAUAGGAGGCACAUAUGUUAUACAUUUGGUUAGUUUGAUUUAUUAUUUUUAUUUAAAAAAAAAAAAACAUUGAUUAAAUUAUGAAGGUUUAAGGGAAA